CGAUCAUGCACACACACUCUCACACACUGUCUUCUCACUCCACUCUAGUUUGGGAAUGAUCGACGUGCAGAGGAACACAGGAGAGGAAAAGAAGACUUGCGCCUCCUCCACUUUGCGCAGCGUCUGCAGCCAAAUGCAACACAUUCCAGCUCUGCACCAGCUCGUACUUGGACCGUCCUUUUAAUGGGGCAACAUUAAACGUAUAUUAUCGUUCUAUGGGGCGCUUUAGAGAGACGCAUUGAGCAGCGCUGAUGUGAGAUCCAAAAUACGGAGACAUGUCUACCGCUCAUGGACUUCUCAACAGCGUCUUCUCCUGCUCCUCUCCUGCUUCCAAAGCCAUAACCAAACGGAGGCUACGCCAAACCCGGAGCUUGGACCCUGCUAUUAUAAGAAAUUGUGGCACCGGGACCGAGGGAGCAAGUGGCGCACCGUCUUCUGGAGCGGCGGCUGCGGACGCAGGUGCGUCUCCGGAGCGCUUGGCUGUGAAACCGGCUUCACGCACCAAGACUCUAACACUAAAGGAGCCCAUAACGCCGUCCCUCUCAUCUCCUUCCAUUCCCUUGGAUGUCUCCCCAUCAUCCAACUUUCACUUUGACUAUGAUACAGUGAAGCGUGCCAAAAGGAAUACCUCCGGGGAUUUACCGUUUCUAGUGAGGAGCCCCGGCGUUGCGCCGUCCGGGAGCACCGGCACACUCUUCUCCCCGCGGAGGUGGCUCCAGAGGAAAGUGCAGCCGACCAGCUCUCAUGCUUACGUUGUGUGGAAAUCAGAGGGUGAUUUCACCUGGAGCAGCCUGUCAGGGCGGAGCGUGCGUCUGACGCCAGUUGCCAUCCAGAGCCUGUCAGAGCUGGAGAGAGCCAGGCUGCAGGAAGUGGCCUACACCCGUUUACACCAGGACUAUGACCUGGGAUGUCAGAUAACCAUGCCAAAAGAUGGACAGAAGAGGAAAAAGUCGCUGAGGAGGAAGUUGGACUCUUUAGCAAAAGAGAAGAGUAAAGACAAAGAAUGCAUCCCCCAGGCCUUCAGCAUACCCCUCUCCCAGGUCAUUGCUAAUGACAGAACGCACAGACAGCGUCAAGAUGGCUAUCGUCAGGACCCUCCACAGCGCGAGGAGCACAAGGACGCCUCAGACCUCGUCUCAUCCAUUUUACAGUUUGCCACCAAGCGGCCGUCCAACAAGGAGCUAUCCAGCAGUAACUCCUCACUAAGCUCCACAUCAGAGACAGCCAACGAGUCCACGUCGCCCAACACGCCUGAGGCUGCGCCGCGAGCACGCAGGAGGGGCGGGAUGUCAGUGGACUCGAUCACAGACCUGGAUGACAACCAGUCCCGCCUGCUCGAGGCGCUGCAGCUCUCUCUGCCCGCCGAAACGCCCAGUAAAAAGGAGAAGCACCGGGACAAACGGCUGAGCCUCAACCCCAUCUACCGUCAGGUGCCUCGGGUGGUCGACAGCUGCUGUCAGCAUAUUGAAAAAUAUGGUUUGCAGACUGUGGGGAUUUUUCGAGUGGGAAGCUCCAAGAAGAGAGUCCGACAGCUACGUGAGGAGUUUGAUCGUGGUGUCGAAGUCCAGCUGGACGAGGAACACAGCGUUCAUGAUGUGGCUGCUCUGCUGAAGGAGUUCCUCAGGGACAUGCCCGACCCACUACUCACCAAGGAGCUCUACACUGCUUUCAUAAACACCACAUUGUUAGACCCAGAUGAGCAGCAGAAUGUCACUCAGCUACUGGUCUACCUGCUCCCAGCAUGCAACAGUGACACUCUCCACCGCCUACUUGAGUUCCUGUCCACCGUGACCAACCAUGCCCAUGACCGGCAGGACAAAGACGGACAGGAGAUCACAGGGAACAAGAUGACAUCUUUGAACCUAGCCACCAUCUUUGGCCCCAACCUUCUCCACAAGCAGAAGAGCUCAGACAAGGAGUUCAGCGUCCAGAGCUCAGCCAGGGCAGAGGAGAGCACGGCCGUCAUCGCAGUGCUGCAGAGGAUGAUCGCCAGCAACCAAACCCUCUUCAUGGUGCCACCUGACUUGCAAAAUGAGGUUUUGAUGAGUCUUCUGGAGACUGACCCAGACGUGGUGGACUACCUUCUGAGGAGAAAAGCCUCACAGAGUCCUGACAUGUUGCAGUCAGAGGAGCCCUUCACCCUGAGUGAACGCCGCUCCUCCAGUGACUCAAACAAGGUGUCCAGUGGCGAGGUGUCCCCGUAUGACAACAACUCUCCGGUCCUGAGUGAACGCAGAGGAGAACCGGAGAGCCCGGGGAGCGAGCAGCUCUUCCGUGUCCCAGAACAGUACACUCUGGUGGGGCAGGUGGCCGGCUGGAGCAGAGAGCCUGGAGCUGACACCUGGGCUGCAAAAGACUCUAUAUCAGAGGAGCAUGCUAACAUUUGGGGGACGUGGCACACUACUCUGAAACCAGCACUCAAGGACCAACCAUACACAGGUUCCUAUGGCAACAUGUCAGAGGGAAGCUCCCGCAGCUCACAGGAGGGUCUCGACGGACUCCAUGGCGAUGGCAGGCAGCAGCCGACGCCACAACGGACUCAGGCGGUGCCUGGCAUCGCCGAGUGCAGACCCCACCCGCCGGUAACCAGAGUGUGUACCAGCCCUCAUGUAGGCACAGACACGGGGCGACCGCGCCUGCAGAUAAACAUCAACCCCUCUGUGACGUCACACCUCAACAGCACGCAGGGCCUCCAGCGAGCGAGCGGACUCGGAGUUAACCCGAUCUCCAGACCUCAAGGCGGGGCGAACACUGGCGACGGCGGCCCCGCUGCGCUCACCGACGGCCGCUCUCCUCCCCCUUAUAACGCUCAUCAUCGACUGGCUAGUUCACAAAGUUCACCUCAGCUCGCUACGGCUCAGCGGCCCCCUCUGCAGCAAGGGAGGCCGACAACGGCGCAGAAUAACUCUGUCCCACCAACAGAGGCGCAAAUGGUGCCGCAUAGCCCCGAGUGGCAGGACUGGCAGCGGGACCGGUGGCAGAUCUGGCAACUGCUGUCCUCAGACAAUGCUGACACACUGCCUGAAACUCUGGUGUGAGCUUAGACCACGAACUCCAGCUUUAUCUCGGUAACUAAAGAGAUUCUGCUCUGCUAGCCAGUCAAUGGCAUGAUCAAACCCCCUCCCCAUUGACAAUCACACCUUAUCCUCAUUUUACCUGGUAUAUUUUCUCUCAGCUUGCAUUUCAUCCAUUCAUCCAUGAAUUUCUUCUUUUCCUCCUGUACUUCUCCUGCAUCUUAGCGCCUUGGCGUUGUUGUUUACGUGUGCAGCUGCUGCCUUAUACAGACUUUUACAUCCAAGAGCCACUAGUAUUUCUCGUUUUGUACGGACGUUGCUUCUGUUCCUAGCCCUUAUGUUUCGUCCAUAAAGAGUUGGGAGCGUUGAAAAAUGCCCACCAGAAAUACCUCAAAAAAAAAAAAAUCCCAAAAAAACAAAAAAAACAAACCCUCUCCUCUCACAACUCUACAGAAUGUUACCAUGACCAUAUUUUAUAUUCUGAUUAAGUUCAGUCUUCAUAUCUCAAUGGAAAACAAUAGGAAAAUAUUUGUUUCUUUAGUUUAUUAUAUUUUCAUUUCAUUUUUUUUUUUUUUUACAUUUUUAAAUAAAAAUUCACCAUACAGACACUAAGAUGUACGCAUUAGUUGCUGCUAAAUGUAGAAUUUUGUGUGUGUACUUCUAAUGUAGUUCAGCCACAGAGCUACGUGUCAAAAAUGAUCAAAUGUUGGAUUACUUUUCAAGGUCAGAUUACGUUUGACUGUAUAUAUACACAAACUGUUGACAACCAUACAUAAAUAUAUAUAUACAUAUAUAUAUGUAAAUUGACAUGUAAAGUAUAUAAAUUGCCAAUCUACCUAAAAGUAAGUCAACCCUUUAAAACAGGCAGUCUAAAUGUUGGUGUUUAUCAGACUGCUGUGAAUGUAAAAUGCUUCACUUAUUAGAUCUAAUUAUAAAGCACGCGGCUGUAAAUUUGCUUAAAUGUGCUCUUGCCACCUGCUGCACUGCAGGAACAAUGUGCCAAAGUCUCUUUUUUUUUACUUAAAAAUAUUUAUAGUGCAGUUGUGUUCAUUUCAUCCAGUUGUGUUAAAUUACCAUGUAACAAAAAGUAUUCAUACAUACGAUCCAGACACCUCAUUGAAGUAUUUUCAAAUACUUUUUUAGCCUUUUCAAAUCAUAUCUUAAAGGCCAGAUGUGAAGAAUUUAUUGAAUAUGAAGAACGGUGAUGUACCCUCAUUUGAUUUAGUAGAUGUUUGCUCUCAUUACAAAUAUUCAACAUAGAAAAUUUCAUCAAUUUGUUCCCAAACCAAUUUUAAAACAUUCACAAUUUUUUGGAAAAUAUGAUUUGACAUGCAUCUGGUGAAAAUAUGAACAGAUUUGGAAAUGUCUGGAACUUAAUUUCACACAUACAAGGCUCAAGUUAACAUUUACAUGAAUGACUGAUCAGUUUUCUUAUGCUGCACCUCUCAUGCUAGACUGAAUAUUUGUGCAAAUACAUUACAUGUGUGAGAGGCUUGAAGAAACAUUAAAAUGAUAGGAAUUCUAUUGAGGUGCUGAAAGAGGAAGUUUUCUCAUAUUUUUUUUUAAUCAAUACUUUCGAAUCCAUUGUUGUUACUAAUUUGGGUAGAAAUAACAUUUUGAAUAUCUAUAAUUUUGUAGUAUCUGCACCCACGACAAACCUGGCUCAAAUGUCACAGUCAAGUGGGUAUUUGCUGGCAAAUAUUUCACAUUUUCUCAAGUUAUGGUGUAAUAUUUGCUCAUUUGAAGCCACUUCAGCAUUAACUCUGGAGACACACUAUAAAUAAUUUGACAUAUUCUCAUGUUGUCUUUGAUUUGCUUGGAUGUGACGUUGAGGAGACAACGGAAGAGAAAGACUCACAAAGUGCAAGAAUCAGAAGGAUUGUGGUAAGGUUCUGGCGCCAUCUAUUGCCGGACCAUGUGCAUUAGCAUGUUGCUGCUUCCCACAGUGCAUCGUUUCCAUGGGAUCCAUCUGUGCUCAAUUUAGCAUCAAAGCUUGCGGUUAUAAGCACCUUUUUGUGAAAAUAUGUAAAUCAGUGUGAGGAAAUAAACGUGCCAUAGGUCUUGCUCUUAAAAGUUGUUUCUCCAUGCGUUGCUCAAGUUUCAUAUUUUGUGAAUUUUUUUUUGUAUUGCUUUGUUUUUUUUCUGUUCUGAGUGUUGUAAUAUAUAAAUACAAUAUAACAAUUUUUAUUCAAGACGAAAAAAGAAAAAAAAAAAAAAGAACAAUAAUCCUAAUGGUCCUAGCUUUGUCUCCCCAAAACAAGAUCAUGUUUGUCUUGUUGAAUUCACUAUGAAACUAAAAGAAACUUAGUGCUAUGGUGUUUUUUUGUUGAUGUUUUUUGGUGGGGUUUACUGGGUCCAAGUUGUAAUGGAAUAUCUGGUAUUUGCUUUUUGUACUGCGUGUCAUCAAUAUGCUACGAUGGAAUUAAAUAUGAUCAAGUUUA